CAUAAAUGUCGAUUAUUAGCUUACUAAACGGGCGACAGUUUCUUGCGAUCUGAGAAUUCCUCUUCUAAUCCUCUGGAGAUCAGCAUGCUGCUUUCUAUCCGUUAUAUACAUCAGUAAAUCACAGGUGACAUGAUAUCACUAUAAAGCUUUCGAGUUUAUGUAUUCUUUUCGCAUACUUGUUCAAGGACUUUAAGAAAAAUGUUAUUGUCUAUCAACUCUCAGCAGUAUCAAUUCACUGAGAAUGAGAAUGCAGAUAAAAGGCACGCAUAUCUCCGCAAGCAAGUAGAGAGCUUGCUACAAAUGAGCGAAAUUGAGUUGCUCGACAUAGGCGCAUGUGAGAGAAGUUCGAGGUCACAUUUGGCCCGUACAAUUCUGGCUAGGAGAUGGUGGGCAGAUAUCGACGCAAAGAAUCGAGCAGCAGCGCAGCAUAAAGAUGAGGUGCCGGAUGAUACUUCAUACACAACUAAUAUGGACUGGUCUCUAAGUGAUCUUGACGAUACAGUCAGCUACACAAGCGACUAUACUGAAAGUGGAUACGAAAGUGACUGCGAUAGUGAAGAUGAUGACGAAUGGUGCCAAGAUAUUCCCAAUUCGACACAGCCAGUGCAGCCAUACGUUUCAUUAACACAAGUCGUUUCAAAAAUGUCUGAUCUAUGAAUAAAAAAAAUUACAGUAAGGU